AUGGUUGUAUUCAAAUCGAAAAUUCCAGAUAUUGAAAUCCCCUCGGUUGGAAUUUUUCAAUAUGUUUUUUCAAAUCCAAAUAAAGUUUCUGAAGACAAGCCCAUUUUUAUUGAUGGUUUAACUGACAAAAAAUUAACUUUUGCUGAAUUAAAAUCAAAUGCAAAAAAAUUUGCUGCUGGAUUACAAGACAAAGUUGGUUUUAAACGUGGGGAUGUUUUAUCCAUUUUUUCUCCUAAUCAGGUUGAUUAUCCGACCGUAAUCUUUGGUACAAUUGCUGCUGGUGGUAAAGUUUCACCUGCCAAUCCAACGUACACUGCCGAAGAAUUUGCUUCUCAAUUAAAAGAUUGUGGAGCAUCCAUAAUAGUAGCCCACCCACACGUUCUUCAUGCUGUUAUAAAAGCAGCCGCAGAAGCUAAUAUUCCCGAAUCGAAAAUCUUUCUUUUUGGCGAUGAAGUAGUUAAUGGAAUCUUACCUUAUAAUAGUUUAUUUGGCGAACGCGAAGCCAUUCCCGUAGAAUAUACACCUGAAGAAGUUAAAGAAACAACAGCUUUCUUAUGCUAUAGUUCUGGUACUUCUGGAAAGCAAAAAGGUGUUGAAACUACUCAUCUUAAUAUGGUUGCCAAUGUGUCGCAAAUUUUGGCUAUUGAACAAGAAGCUCACCCUGGAAUUGUUUAUAUGGGUGUUCUGCCAUUCUUUCAUAUUUAUGGAUUGAAUCUUCUCAUGCAUUUUGUUCUCGUUCUUGGGGCUUCAUGUGUAGUUAUUUCCAAGUUUGAAUUUGAAUCAUUUUGUCGUGUAAUCGAAAAUUACAAGGUUUCGAUAGCUCAUAUUGUACCUCCAAUCGUACUCUUAUUAGUUAAAAGUCCUAUAACAAAGAAAUAUAAUUUAUCAAGUUUACAAUUAAUCAUUAGUGGCGCAGCCCCAUUAAGUAAAGAUUUAAUUGAAAGUUUUUAUAACGUUCAUAAGAUUAAUAUUAAGCAAGGUUAUGGUUUAACUGAAACCACUCCUGUAACUCAUCUCGAUCUUACUACCGAUAUUGUUUAUGGUUCUUGUGGUAUUCUUGUUCCAAAUAUGGAAUGUAAAUUGAUAUCUGAAGAUGGUCAAGAAGUAGGAUAUAAUACGCCAGGUGAAGUCUGCGUUCGUGGACCAAAUGUCAUGAAGGGAUAUUUAAAUAAUAAAGAGACAACUGACGCCGUUAUUGAUAAAGAUGGAUUUUUCCACACAGGAGAUGUCGGUUUA